CUAGUUUGGAUAGAAUCGCCGACAAACCCACUAAUCAAAGUUGCGGACAUCGAAGCCAUUGCAAAAAUAUGCCAUGAAAAAGGAAACAUAAUUGUUGCGGUCGACAACACAUUCCUGACCUCCUAUUUUCAAAGGCCGCUUGAGUUAGGAGCUGAUUUAGUUUGCUACUCAUUAACAAAAUACAUGAAUGGACAUACUGAUGUUGUUAUGGGUGGCAUAACAAUGAACUGUGAAAAUCUUUAUACAAGAUUAAAAUUUUUACAAAAUGCGGUUGGUAUAGUUCCAUCUCCAUUUGAUUGCUAUCAGGUUAACCGUAGUCUGAAAACACUUUCAUUACGUAUGAGACAACACCAAAAUGGAAUUUCAAUAGCGAAAUUUCUUGAAUCACAUGCUUUCGUUGAAAAAGUACUACAUCCAGCGCUGGAAUCGCAUCCACAUCACUCUAUAGCUCUAAAACAGACAUAUGGCUAUAGCGGGGUGUUUUCAUUUUACAUAAAAGGCUCUUUAAAGCAUGCUACAGCAUUCUUAAAGGCUCUUAAAUUAUUUACAUUAGCAGAAAGUCUUGGCGGAUAUGAGAGUUUAGCUGAGUUACCGUCAAUAAUGACUCAUGCCUCUGUUCCUAUUGAAGACCGAAAGUUGUUGGGUAUUACUGAUGCUCUUAUUCGUUUGUCAGUCGGCCUUGAAGACUCUGACGAUUUGAUAGAUGAUCUGCGACGCGCUUUGGAUAUUGCAGCCCAAGCUUAAAAAGUACAGCUGACAAGGACAAUAAUGUAAAAUACAAAUAAUAAAAAUGUUUUUAUAUAUUAUCAGUAA